AUGAAAUUUGGGGCUACAUUUACGAUUACGGCUCUCUCUUCUCUGUCUCUGUCUCUUUGUUUUUCGUUUUUCGUUUUCCCUCUCCUUCGUCUCCUUGGAGGGAAAAGCUUGCGACCCAAAACAAUUCCCCCAAAUCCCUCUUCCAAUUCCCCCAAAUCCCUCUCCUUCGUCUCGUUCGUUUUCAAAUCUAGGCUAGGGCUUUUCCCGGCCUCGCUCCACGAUUCCACCUCCCCCAUUCCUCGCCCGCUUCCGGUGCCGGCGGAGCCGAAAUCGCUCUGGUUUCCUUCGCUCGAGACGACCUCCUUCGGCCGCUGCUCCACCCCCCCUUCGUCGCCCGCUUCCGGUGCCGGCGGAGCCGAAAUUGCUCCGAUUUCCUUCAUUCGGGACGACCUCCUCCGGUCGCUGCUCCACCUCCCCCAUUCCUCGCCUGCUUCCGGUGCCGGCGGAGCCGAAAUUGCUCCGGUUUCCUUCGCCCGGGAAGACCUCCUCCGGCCGCUGCUCCUUGCGGAGUCCGUCCUCGUUUCUUGCCUCUUCUUUCCCCUUGGUCUGGACCGCGAUUCUGGGGCGAAUUUCGAGCCAGCAUCAGCUCAGAACUCCAGCAAUUUCAGCUUGGUGAGGUGCUUGAUUCCUGGUGGCAUAGUCUUCAACUAUUUGCAUCGCUGGAUGAUCAAUUUCUCCAGCUUAGACAUCGCUUCCUCCUCUAUCUGUACAAAUGUCAGCUUCUCAAAAUGAUCAAGACCUAAUAUCUUGAGCUUUUGAAACCCUUUAGCCUUGAAGCAUAGUGUUUGCCAAUCAUAAAGCUUUUGAACAGAUUGUUGGUUCUGUCAUCAUCCGCAUCUAUGUAGUAAAGCUUUUGUACAGAUUGAAGAGCUCCGAUU